CACCACUUCAACAAUUUAAACGAUUAAAGAUUAAACGAUUUAACUUGGUAUGAGCGCGUUUCAAUACUUUGUUAUAAUUUUGCUAUUCAACUUGAUAUACCUUGAUAACACACUAAGCUAUGUAUCCAAGGAAAUGCAAUUGGAAGGCUCUGGACUUGAUUCUGAUUUAAUAACUUUAAACAAUAAUUUUCAAUUAAAUUCAAAUCUUGAUAUCAAUUUCAUAAGCCAGUUGGAAAAGGCAGUGGAUUCUAUGUUAAUCACUCACAUUGAUUUAUUGGAAAAAAGACUACAAAACUAUAAUGAGGCAUUUUUUGAAAGAAACAUUAAGACCUACAUACAAAAAGAAAUUCGGGAUGUUAAUGAAUUACCAAAUGAUGACAAUGAAAUCAAUUGUUCAGAUGAUCGUUUGCCUGAAAGCUGCUUCGAAGUGAAAGAGUGUCGCAACUCUAUAUUCACCCUAAUGAUAGAAAAAUAUAGCGAUAAACCAUUUUACGCAGCAUGUGAUUUGGAGACCUUAAACAGCGGUUGGACAAUAAUACAAAAACGUCAGGAUGGCUCCGAAAAUUUCUUUCGCAAUUGGACGGAUUAUGUCAAGGGGUUUGGUAAAAUGGAUGGAGAAUUCUUUAUAGGCUUAGAAAAACUGCAUGCCUUAACCACAUUUGGACCGCCGCAAGAACUAUACAUUAUAAUGGAUGAUUAUGAGGGAACAAGAAAAUAUGCCAGAUACGAAGAAUUUAAAGUAGGAGCGGAAAGUGAAGAAUUUAAAUUGAAUGUGGCUAAGUAUUCUGGUACUGCCGGUGAUAGCUUAAGUUGGCACAACGACUGUACAUUUUCGACCAGAGAUUUUGGCAAGAAAACCGAUUGUGCUCAAGGUUAUAGAGGAGGUUGGUGGUAUAACAACUGUUUUAAUAGCAACCUUAAUGGCAAGUAUUUAUUUGGCAAAUAUCCCAAAACGAAAUAUGGCCAAGGAGUUGUAUGGUCUGAAUUUCGUGGCUACGAGUAUUCUCUGAAAUUUGUACAAAUGAUGAUACGACCCAGACAGUCGGAUGACUAAAAGUUGAUUAUUUUGGGAAAUUUAUGUUACUUUCUUUUACUUUAUUUGUUUAAUAUCAAUAAAUAAAUGUCUAAGAUUUCUUAUACAUACAAUAAAAGUA